AUGAACCAUAAAUCCAAGAAGUUGAAGGCAUUUUGGUUCACGGUAUCUGAUGAGCCACUUCCAGUGCUGGACUUCCUCUCCGCCGCGUUACUCUCGGCGGAAUACGAGCGAGCCCUGGGCAGAGCACUAGCUAUGUCAGAAUGUAGACUGAUACCGUUCUUUGGAGCUUUUCUUAGGAAAUUAAGAGAAAUUCUGGCUACGACGCCAUCUUUGACUAGUACACAUUCUGUUACAUCAACACCCACUCCGACACAAAGAAGAGAAUUUAAAAGAGAUUCACUGAAAGAAGAAAGGAGAGACAGCAAACGAGAAAGCAAGAGAACAGAUCAGAGUACGACGACAAGUCCUAUGAGAAGCAGUAGUAAACGGGACCCGAGAUUAACAGAGAACGACAUACAUGUGUACAUAGCAUCUUUCGACGAGGAAGGUGAACAGGAACCUGGUUGGAAACGCGUCGGUCCCGAAGGUCUGGUCAACUUGGAGAAAGUCUACCGCACGCAGGCUGUCAUGGACCACAUCUCGAGUAUACACCAACAUAGAUACGCUCUCUCCAGGACCACGCAGCCAGUCUUCGGGGAUUACUUAAGAACAGCAAUCAACAUAUGCGAGGAGCCAGUCUUCGCGCCCUCACAGAAGACCAGCGGAGGCGAGUUUGAAAACGAGGCAUUAUACGAACUGGAAGGUGGAGGAUACUGCCCAGUGCAGCCGCUGCCUCACGACCACGGAGUCACCAUGUUUCCCCUCGCGCCUCAGAACGGAGAAAGGAUGGAUAGACAUGUUCUGCAGAUAAUGCAUCACGGCACCGCCUGUGUGGUUGGCGAGGCGGAAUGGAACGGGACAUUCGCACAUCUCAGAUUAGAACGAGCUUGCGCCUUAUUAACAUGGUGUAGAACAGCUCAUAGACCACAGUCACAACAUGGUGAAACCCCAUCAGAGAACGUACAGCAACCAGAAAUUAAUCUCUCAUAUAAUCCUGAAGAAGUUAUACCUAUUAAAUACACAGCGCAUCUAGCUCAUGAGAACGAAGCGGGAAUUGUAGGGGAUGAGGGUUUCAUAGACCUGCAGUGUGUCAAAGACAUGCGUUUGGGCGGGAAACUAUUAGAACCGCGAGAUGUCGCUGAUUUGAUCUCCUGCGGAAAGAGACACGGCUUGGAUGAUUGUGGAAGUCCAAAGAUAAUUACUUUAGUGUACGGAAGAACAUUAAGUGAUAACAGAAUUGUACAUUUUUUACUACCAAAUUAUUCCUACAGGGUAUGGGCUGUGGGUCUCCACGCUGUGAUCAGAGCGCUGAUGACUCAGACUAAGCUUGCAGAUCGGAGUCUCGCUUGGCUAAAGAACAAGUACACCGCUUUAUAUUAUGAGGACAAUUGCUGCUGUGAACCUGUCGUCUCUGACGCUAUUAGGGUAUUUGGUGGUAGAGAAUCAGCUUGCGCUGUAUCAUCCCACUCUACACCAGUUCGGGGAGCAUACACUGACUCACAUUCCGACUCGCUAAGAACUUCUGGGAUCAAAUUCAAGAAAAACAAAUCAACAUCGGAAUUGAAGAGUUCACCAAAGAAUUACGGCGCGACGUUUUCCGGUCUUCGAGAAGACGAUGUUCCUCAGGGAUCACCUAGACACAGUUCUUACUCAGCAGCAGCUGGUCAUCAUCAGCAUUGUCCACCACGGCACAGCAGUCUUACUACUGCAGCUACCACCAUCAUGUCAGGCUCACCCAAUAGGAGCAGUCUACGAAGACUGGAUACUAGUGAGAGAUUCUGGGAGCAUCUGAAAAAUUUACGGACUGGCUCAGUUAAUUACGAUACACAAUUAGACUUUAUUGAUUUCGUCGCACUAUUUAGAAGUUUCAGUUUAGUAAUGCGGUCAGAAUUACGAGACGUGUUCGAACAGUUAGCAGUCCCAAGACCUCGUUGCCCACUGCUGGGCGCUGAGAAGAGUCGGAGCUCACCAGAGCUGUUCCGCAACAAGACUGCUUUCAGAACAGGUCUAUUAACGAGGAAUGGAUCUUUGGACCUGGAUCCUCCAAGCGAUAAAGCCAACAGGAAGAAAGACUUUGAUCUACUAGCAGCUGCAGCGUUACCAGGAGCAUGUCCGGACAUGAGCGGACGCGUCCUCUCUCUGCCAACGCUAGGCAAGUUCUGCGAGACAAGACAAAACGAACCGAAGAAUGAACAGCAACUGAAAGAUAUUAUACACAGACAUGAACCAGACCCAUCAUUAAGAGCGGAAAACUGUCUAUCAUUCGAAGGUUUCGUCCGAUUUCUGACUGACAAAGAUAACUACGCAUUCGUUCCUGAACAGAGAAGGCAGCAAGUCAACAGCUAUUUUGGGAAACCAGCUCAAGAAGAAGAAGAGAAGAGUAGAACCAUAUCAAGACAAAUGGAAGGACCUUUGAGUCGAUAUUACAUAGCAAGCAGUCAUAACACUUAUCUAACUGGUCAUCAACUUAAAGGAGAGUCUUCUGUUGAGUUAUACAGCCAAGUGUUGCUAACAGGCUGCAGAUGUGUAGAACUGGACUGCUGGGAUGGAGACGAUGGCAGUCCUGUCAUCUACCACGGGCAUACGUUCACCACAAAAAUACCUUUCAGAAGAGUCGUGGAAACUAUUGCCAGAAGCGCGUUUGUAACAUCUCCGUACCCUUUGAUUUUGAGUAUCGAGAACCAUUGCAGUUUACCACAGCAGCAAGUCAUGGCCAGCACAUUCGAGGUCAGUGUGUACAUGUACCAUCAUCACCGAGGGGCUCAUAGGUGA